AUGUCUAAUCCAGGCCCAAAUCCCAACAAUGUCUACAAGCCCGAGAUGGGACCAACCCCUGGCCAUGGCGAUCCUUUUGGCUUUACUUCAGCUCCAUAUGCUUCUUCCUCGUCUCUCUCCUCUGGCGUGACCGACCGGAGACCUCUGCCAAACUUCGACGUUCAUAAAGGUGUGCCAGCUACCCCGGUUCCUUCCAACAUUCAAUCCGCAGCACAGCGCCGCGAGAGCGCCAAAGCCAGGAGACGAGUUCCCACAUCGCAAAGGAAGCGCACUAAACUGAGCUGCGACGCCUGUAAGGCCAAGAGGUGCAAGUGUCUCCGUACUGGCCCCACGCCCGACUCUGAUGACACGCAAGACGACAGUCAUCUGGCACCUUGCAAGAAUUGUGUAGAUGCUGGCAUCGAAUGCGUGACAACCUUGCCCCGAAAACAAAGAAUCUAUGGCAGUGUCGAGCAGCUGGACCGCAGAUAUCGCGCAUUGGACGCCCUCGUCUCCGGCCUCUUUCCGGACCUGCCUUCUGAUGCCACGCCUGAAGAGCUCGUUGAAUAUGGCCGCCAGCGCGGUGUCGCCAUGCCGGACCUUGGCACCGAAUCCGAUGCCCCAAAAUCUCCAACGACAUCCUCGCUACAUAUCACAUCUCCGAGUUCUCCCCCGAACGCUGGCAGGCGCAUUGGAGACGACAGUCCCGAGUUGGGCCACAACAAUGCCCAUUUCAUCAGGGACGCCAGUGGCCGUACAUACUAUAUUGGACCUUGGGGAAGCCUGGGUAGUUUUGCCAGAGUGCGAAAUCUGAUCGCCAGGCGACUCAACGCCUCAACCGACCCGGAUGCGAGCCGCCGCGGCCAACGUCUCUCAUCAAAGUCUGUAACGGAUGCCAUUGCUCGCUCCUUUGGCGAGACAUCGGCAGAUAUAGUAUCGCCAGCUCCCCAGGCAUCACACCUUACUCAGUCGUCUCUUGUCAAUGUUCAAGCGCCCCUCGAUGAUUCGAUCAGCACGGGCGACUCUCGAUUCUGGGUAGCGACAUCCAAGAUCAAGCUGCCCGAUAAGAAACUGGCAGACAUUUGCGUAAACGCCUUUUUCGACAAUGUCCACCCCGACUUUAUGCUGUUUCACCGACCCACCUUCCAACAAAAUUACGAAGAUCUUUGGAACCAGUCGGGACGCCGUCCAAGUGUGCCACACCUCGCGGCGGGUAGAUACGUAUCGGUUGGGUGGCUAUGUUGUUUGUACCUGGUCUUCAUCCUGGGAUCGCGCUCAUUGCCGCAGGACCCUAGAGCAUUGAGAUUUCAGCGGACUUGGUACGAAUCUGUAAAGGAGCUGCCGCCGCUCCUCAUCAUGUCAACCCUCCCCAACGUCUGCGCAUUGAUGCUGCUUGCCCUGUACUACCAGAGCACAAAUGAUCGCACCAAAUCUUGGGUCUACCUUGGUGCGGCCUCUCGCCUGUCAGUCACCCUGGGAAUGCACCGCGAAUGUGCAAACGAAGGGACGGGCCCAAUCAUCACCGAGAUCCGAAAGCGUGUAUGGUGGACUCUAUAUGAUUAUGAGCAACAUCUAUGUUGUUCGCUCGGCCGGCCCAGCUCCAUUGAAGACACUGAGGUCAACGUCGACGUGCCGGAUGAGGGAAUACUGCAGUGCGUCCCAGCUCUACCCCGUGCACAGCUAGGGGCGUGGGUUCAACUCAUUCGGAUGCAAGCUGCCAUUCGGAGGGAGAUACACGUACCGAAUCUCUCGGCCACAAAUGUCAUUCCGCAGGCCGUUCGGCUUCUUCGUCAACUCGGUUCAUGGAGGCGCGAUCUGCCAUCAGCGUUGCUUCCGCCCUCCCGCGACCUGGUUCAUGCGGAUCCCCAAAGAUAUAGGCGCAUUAUGCUCCUCCAUGUUCAGUAUCAAAAAAUCAUCAAUCUGCUCACGCGAAGAUUCUUGCUACACGAGGUCGAAGCUGUCGAUCAGGGAGAGAGCCUAGGCCAGGACGCAUUCGUCAUUGUCAGUCUCGGCAAAGUCUGUGUCACCUCGGCCAUGCGCUGUGCCCAACUUCUAGUCGAACUCUGGCGCGCAGGCAAGUUCAACGGUGUCACGGCGCUCGACACGUAUUAUGCCUAUCUGUGUAGUAUCCAGAUAUGUCUGCGACUGCUUGAGCCGAGCCGUACAACGCCUGUUGAAGACCCUCAAGGCGCAAGGUCGAGCGAAGACUGGAAAUUUCAAGCUCACAAACCUCAAGUCGAACCCAGUGAGCUGCAGCUUCGGAGCGAUUUAGACUUUGAAGUAGAGACGCUCAUUACACAGAUGAACUUUGCCGAACAAUACAGUGCUGCCGAGUUGACCGAGGUCAUCCGCCAAAUUCACGAUGUGCUCAAGACGAUUCCCAUGUCGGGGUUCAGCGCAAAGUGCGAGGCCAUUGCGUCCGAGUUUGCAAAGGCACUGGGUGCCGUUGACGGGAAACCUGAGUCGACCCUGUUUGGAGGACGCAUGGGUCAAGAUAUGCACAACGUAGCGCAGAGAAUGAGUGAAGCCCCGCAUCUUUCGCAAAGCAUUUCGCUCUCCAAUGCUCCCCUUUUCAGUAACCCGAUGCCUCCGGCCGCCAUGGAGGCCAUGGGGAAGCCACAGCAGCCAUUCCAGCAGAUCCCAACGGCCAUAGGCGCCAAUAGCAAUGCCAUGGACCAUGUAUACUCGGGCAUCCUGGCUCCGAGCACCACAGGAGGCACGCAGGCGGCACAUGAGCCACAGAUCCAAUGGGAUAUGAUUCAGCCGCCAGAAGAGUGGUCAGAUAGGAACCGUAUGUUUACGGAUAUGGCGGCAGACUCCUUGUCCUGGCCCUUUCAGGAAGACUACCAAUACAACCCUAUGAAUCAGCCUCCGUAG